GGAGGUGAUAAACAGACUGGAUAUAUUUGUAUAUUUUGCGCAGCCAAAGAAAACCUCACUAUUACAGUGAUGCUUGUCUGUGACAGGAACUCCAGUGGUGCUUUCUUGACGCGCAUGCGCUCACGCCCAAUGACGAUCAACAACUAGGCACGCGCGUCAACGUAAUGCCAUUUUGAAGGCUGAAGUUACACGGGAUGGACAUAGAGGAGCUUUAAGAUGUAGGAUCUUAUUCUGGAAAGAUGGAACCAGGCGUUGAAGAGGAAAUGUAGGCCCAUUUGUGUGGCCAUUCGCAGGUCUAGACGGAUGCAUCAUUCUCUAGGAUUCCUCCAGUGACGUCAUCAUUCAUGGUGACAAACAACAGUGAGCGACCAUGAAUGACUACGUGCAAACUGCGCCAUGGGUAACAGCAAGCCCUGUCUUGGACAACUCCUCCAAGGCACUCGCCGACAACUUGACCACCGACUCCAAUCCACCCUUCGGUAGCCACCCACUAUGGGCAGCCAUACUUAUCAUAUUGGUAGCGGGCUGCCUGAGCAUUUUCACCGUCAGUGCCAACCUCAUGGUAUGGAUGUCUUUCUUCAUGGACAAACAGCUCCAAGUCAUCAACAACUACUUCUUGCUGAGCCUAGCGGUGGCUGAUGUCAUUAUAGGAGCUCUAUCGAUGCCGCUGUACACACUGUACUUGCUGCAGGAAGAGUGGAGACUCGGGCCGGUCAUUUGCGACAUCUGGCUCUCCAUCGACUACGCUGCAUCCAACGCUUCUGUCAUGAACCUAUGCAUCAUAUGUUUUGAUAGAUAUUUAUCCAUAACCCGUCCACUGACUUACAGGGCGAACAGGACGCCGAGAAGGGUCAAGAUGAUGAUAGCAGCUGCCUGGGUUAUCUCCCUGGUGAUAUGGGUUCCGCUUAUAGUUGGCUGGCAGUUCUUCGUUGGCAAGAGAAACAUUGGCGAAGGAGUGUGUUCAAUCCAAUUCCUGAAUGAUGAAAUCACUCUCAACAUUAUCACGAUCAUAAUAGCGUUUUACCUGCCCGUGACACUGAUGUGUGUCCUAUACUAUCGGAUCUGGCGGGAAACCGAGAAACGGGCUAGAGAACUGGGGAAUUUGCAGGCGGGCGGGAAAAACAACAGUCAGACGUCAAAACAUCUGUUGUCUCCUGAUGACUGUGCAGAGCAUGCAGACAGGACGAGUCACCGGCGCACUGGGCUCAGAGCUCGUUUGCUGUGCUGCGCGAUAUCCGACAUGUAUGAUGAUGAACUGGAGGAAAGCAGCGAUAUAGCGUCUCCCAUGCCGACGACUAACAGCCAUGUCCCGUCGCCCAAACCUUUUCCCGGUCAGAACAGCGUUCACAGCAGUGCCUCUUCAAAAACUUCUCCCCGUCUCUCCCCGGUAUCUAAGCCAAAACAGGAUAGUCGGACGACAACACCUGAACGCACCAUGCACGACUCAGAUAAAAGCUUCGCUGCCUCCCUGUACACCAUCCUCAUUAAGCUGCCUGGAGAGAAUGGGGUGAACCAGACCAAGCCAGCGGAACAGCCUAAAAUCACACUCAUCGAGGGGGAGCCAGGAAAUGAUACGUGUUCCGCCUUGUUGCAAGACCAAGAUGGCAGCCAUCUUGUCCCUCCGUCUAAGCAAUACACGUGCGAACAACGCGAUCGGGCGGGUUCCACCGCCAGCAUCCAUAGUCAAAAACAGAAACCCUUAACCAUCAGCACCAUAUCCAUGGUGAACAAGAUGGCGGCCAGAGCCAAAACUAAUGUGGUCAAACGGAAGAAAUCUGCAUUGAUCCGCGAAAAGAAAGCUGCCAGGACUCUGUGUGCCAUUCUGUCCGUCUUCAUAAUAACAUGGACCCCUUACAGCAUUUUGGUCCUAGCCACCUAUGGCCAGAACCUCGACAACCAGCCGGUGUUGGUGAAAGUGUUUGACAUUGCUUACUGGCUGUGCUACCUAAACAGCACCGCCAACCCUAUUUGCUAUGCGCUCUGCAAUGCUAACUUCCGCAGGGCGUUCAUACGCAUCCUGCAUUGCAAAUGGAAAACACGGCGAGUGAACACACAUAAGCCAGUCCACCAUACCAACUCAUCUUCUAGAAGAUAAGCAAAUUAUAUUUGGUUCGCGGAUAAAAGCGAUCGCUUAUUCAUUUGUGUGAACAAAAUUGCAACCCAAACUGAGCAAAUUGACAGGCACUCAGAAAGCUUUCUGUUUCAAGUUGUCAAUUUCAAAGCCAAAAGUCACUUACACAGCUUGAGAAGAAGUGUUGGGCUUUCUUUUCUGUAACCAUUUCGGAUGUACAGAUUGCUUCAAAGGUUUAACACUGAACCCUUUCAGAAAACGGGGAUUUGUCUUGGGUUUUGUGCUUGGUUCUUUCAUGGAGAGGCAUCAAACCAAAAAUUUUCACAAGAACGAAUAUCAAUGUCCGAAGUUAGAGUGUAAUGAAGAUCAUGAGCCCUUGGCUAUUCUCUUGAGACGGAACUACACAAAAGGUUGAGACCAUUUCAAUAUCUACGAAGAAAGAGGGCCAACAAGAAUUUCCAUAAUGAGAAACUUUGGAGUAGCAUUGAAAGGGAGAGGAUUUUGUUAUUGGUAAAAAUGAAGGAUCUUUUACGUCUCAUAAACAGCGAAUUUUGAGUAUUAAGCACUACCAACUUUUGAUUGGAUACUUGUUUCGCUCAAAUUGACUGGAGCAAUCUGAUCUGACUCCUGUUGACCUUAUGUUGGGUUGCAUUUUCAGCACCAAGACCUAUGUAAUGUGAAGUUUAGCCCGUCACACUUCAGCUUGAGCUCAUCACAUGACUUUCGCAAAUAGAUAAUUUGAUAACGACAUUUUAAACUGUUAUUUUCGUCGCAAGGUUACCGUACUCUCUAAAGCAUGCUGCAUUGUUAUAUACGAAGAGGCUCCGUCAGAAUCACCAGUAAACACAGCGUACUACAUAAACACGUGUAUUUUUCUGUUCUUCACUUGAUAGUUGGACAUUUCCAUCAAGGGGUGGCUUAACAUGUCUCUGAAUUAUUUCCCCGUUUCAUUGACAGAUUAUUUAAACCGAGGAGUACUUAAAAGGGCCCUCUUCCACGAUUUUUCUGUCAUGUUAACUCGUUAACUCCUUUUUAUGUGCACUUGAAACAAAUAACGAAUAUUGCCUCUUUAAUGCAAUCUUUUUAAUUACUGUUUUUGACUUGAUGUGUAAUCGGGCAUUCUUCUGGCCUUAAAAACUGAAAAAAAACAAAGACACUGCCGUAUAGUCACAAGACUUCGCAACAGCAUGCCGCACAAGAAACAGACGACUGCAGAAAAAUGUUUUUUGCGGAUAGAGCUGCUAAAUCUUCAGUGGACAAAAAGGGACCAUUUGGGGUGGGACCUUCAGUCGAAAGGGGCAACUCGGAGGGGCUGGUCACGGUGGUGCUUUUUACGUAAUGUAACUUAAGAUAUACGUUCGUCAAAACUAGACAAUAAGUGGGAUUAAAAUAUCUCUUGGUUAAUUAGAUGAUCCGCUCUAUAAAUGUUAGUGACACUGCUCAUGUUUUCACAGUGUUGUUAUGCCUUCGUUGAGUUCCCUCUUGUGAAAAAAUUAUCAACACCAUGGAAUGCUCAAUUAUUGUUAAACAAGCAUGGUUUAAUUAGAUAAAAGCACUUUGUCAAAAUCGAGAUAACUGUUGCUGCCUAUCUCGUUGGGUUUCUUUUAGUCGUUUCCGUUUGGGAAUGUUCCCUAUAUUAAAUGACUAUAUCCUAUUUUAAUUUAUUAUUUUUAAAUUAUUAUUUACGCAGACACUGUACAGGAUUCUCAGAUUGUACAAAUUCAUGUAUAGGCUAGGUAAGUCAUGUUAACGAAUGCCGAUUAAAAGAUCAUCAUUGAAAACAUAAAAAUGGUUAAUGUCAUCCUCGGAACAUAGUAGAUA